AUGGCGAAAUCAGAAAUACCACCAAAUCCACCCGGUGAAAAAAAGCUUGUCAACGGAAUCCCGGACCGGAAAUUCCCCUUCCACUUGUAUAACCCCGCCGUUGUCAAGUGUGAAGAGAUCGAGGUUUUUGACGGCAGAUGGGUGUACGUCGCUUGUUCCGAAUCUCCAGGAAAAUGCCCACACUGUCUCAAUCACGCCUUCCACGCCGGAUGCCUGGUGGUCUCUAUCGGUGGUGCACUCUCGACAUCCUCUUCUACCGAUCACAACCCACCUCGCUCUUCCAUCGGAGUCUUCUUUGGUCGUGAGAACAAGAGAAACCUCGCCGUUGAACUGGAUGGUGACAAGCAUACCAUCCAGACUGCGGAGUUGAAGGCUUGCCUCGAGGCUCUCACUCGGACCUUUGUCAUGCACACAAAGUGGCAGAUAGACCCACCGACUACGUAUGAGCCCUGCUAUCCACUGCACACGGUGGUCUUCAAGUCAGAUUCCGAGUACGUGGUGAAGGGGGUAACAGAGUGGCUGCCAAAAUGGAAGGAGAAUCAGUGGAAGAAGAGCAGUGGACAGCCCGUUGCGAACGUCGAGCUUUGGCGGGUCAUUGAUGCGGUCCUCAAGCAGUUGGAGUAUGACGUGAAUGUCCAGUUCUGGCUUGUGUCACGGGAGAUGAACUUGAUCGCUUCUUCAAUGGCCAAGAGAGUGAUCGGUGAGCUUUGA